AUGCGCCGGCCGCGCCCGCGCCACUGUGCUCACCUCGCCGCCGACCUCGCGCCGCCGUUGCUACGCCCGGCCCCCGCGCCCCCGCUCAGGCCUGCUCCGCAACGCCCAACACGCCGCCCCCCUGUCGCGCCCGCCGUCGACCCUGGCCCCUGCACCGCGCUCCUCCCCUCUCUCGCUGUGGCUAUCCCAGUCGCCGCUGCUGCGGCUGGCCGCCGCGCUCGACGGCGCCCCACGCUGCGCGGCCCCGCUCUGCUGCUCUGCUUCUCUGCAGACCGGCGUCUGGCCGCGUCGGCUGCGCCCACCGCGGCCUCGCCCUCCUGGCCUCGUGCGGCCCCGCUCCCGCGCCGUUGCGCCCUGCGGGUCCCGCCCCGCUCUCCCUCGAUGACUCCCUGCGCCUGCCCCGCCCAGCGGCCGUGGCCGGCCGGUGCGCCGCGCUGCCGAGCGUGCCCCCAACCCCGGCACCCCGCCGGCCGUCGCCCGCGACUGUUCGCCGGUGCCCCGGCCCUCCUCGCCCCGGCGAUCUGGGCGAACGCCCAGUCGGGCGCCGCAACGUCCGACCCGCCCCGUUAG